AUGGCACCCAAGCAGGCGACACUCGGGUAUGUCAAAUCCGGCCAGAGCACAAUUGGGGCCAAUUUCAGCAAAUUCUUUGGUGCAAAGGGUGUACCGCCUCAGCAGACAAAGCUCUCUUUCAGUAGCAGGGCUAAAAAGGAAGAGGCCAAAGAGGAUGAAGAGGCUGAUGUGAAGGCUAAGUCGCCGUCAGAUUCUGAAAAAGACACAAAGAAGCGAGCACGAUCAGAAGACAAGACCAAGCCAGAGCCGACCCCCAUUAAGCAAGAGGAAGUCGAUGACGAUAGCGAUGGACCUGUCACAAAGCGAGCACGACGAACUCGAAAGCGAGUGGAGGAAGACGAAGGCGAUGAUGGGAUGAUCGACGAACCCGUCAAGAAGGAGAAAUCAGCAUCCCCUAAGAAAUCCAAACCGGCGAGCCCUCCACCAAAACCUAAAUCACCCAAGAAGUCAAAGGCUAAGCCCAAGCCCAAGGCAAAGGCAACUAAAGAACCUACCCCAGAGGAAAUUGAUGAGCCUACCAAAGAGGAAGCAUCUACAGCAUCGGCUUCAGAAGCAGAAGUCGAAGAGGAUGAUGCCGAAGAGAAGCCCGAAAUUGCUGCCAAAGCUCGCGAGAAGGUUCAAACCAAGUUCAAGUCCAAGACAAAAGACCCUUAUCCUGACUGGAAGCCUGGUUCUUCAGUCCCGUAUGCGGCUCUAUGCACAACGUUCUCUCUUGUUGAGAUGACAACCAAGCGUUUGAUCAUUAUGGAGCACUGUUCCCUAUUUCUUCAACAGGUCAUGCGUCUAACACCCGAAGACCUACUACCUACUGUUUUACUAAUGAUCAACAAACUCGCUCCCGACUAUGCUGGUAUUGAGCUCGGUAUUGGUGAAUCCUUGAUCAUGAAGGCUAUUGGCGAGACUACCGGACGAAGUCUUCAGGUGAUCAAGGCUGAUCAGAAAGAUAUUGGAGAUCUUGGGUUGGUGGCAGUAAAGAGCCGAUCGACCCAGCGCACUAUGUUCAAGCCCAAGGCUCUGACUAUCAGAGGAGUCCACCAAGGAUUGAUGGGUAUUGCCACCGUUACCGGAAACGGUGCUCAGGGUCGAAAAGUAGAUGGUAUCAAGAAGCUUCUCGCUGCGGCUGAUGCCAAUUCUACUGGCAAAGUCGACAUUACCAAGGAUAAGGGCGGACCCAGCGAGGCCAAGUUUAUUAUUCGGUUCCUGGAAGGAAAACUAAGACUUGGUCUGGCUGAGAGAACAGUGCUAGUCUCUCUGGCCCAGGCUAUAGUUGCUCAUGAAGCAGAUGCCAAGGGCAAGGUCCCUAGCACCUCGGAUUUGGAAAAAGGAGAGUCCAUCUUGAAAACGGUAUACAGCGAGCUUCCCAGCUACGAUGUAAUUAUCCCCGCAAUUCUCGAACAUGGUAUCAUGAAGCUUCGAGAAAACUGCAAGCUCCGACCCGGUGUACCUCUGAAGCCCAUGUUAGCCAAGCCAACCAAAGCGAUUACUGAAGUCCUUGACCGUUUUGAAGGUCAGACUUUCACCUGCGAGUACAAGUAUGACGGUGAAAGAGCGCAAAUCCACUACGUGGCAAAAGAUUCUCCUCAGGAGCUGAACGAAGCGAGCCAGGGUGCAGCCAAGGAGGUAGGAGCUGGUGUUGCUAGUAUUUUCUCCAGAAACUCCGAGGAUCUCUCCAAGAAGUAUCCGGAUAUCCUGGCUAAACUUCACACUUGGGUUAAGCCUGAUACCAAGAGCUUUGUCCUGGAUUGUGAGACAGUAGCCUGGGAUGUUGACGAGAAGAAGGUGCUGCCCUUCCAGCAGCUUAUGACACGCAAAAAGAAGGAUGUCAAGGUUGAGGAUGUAAAGGUCAAGGUUUGUGUAUUUGCGUUCGAUCUUUUGUACCUCAAUGGAGAAGCAGUUGUCGAGAAAGCACUUCGUGAGCGACGUGAGCUUCUCCAAGCCGCCUUCAGCCCUGUGGAGGGCGAGUUUUCCUUUGCUACCCAUAUGAACGGCCAAGAAUUGGAUGAGAUUCAAGUUUUCCUUGACGACAGUGUCAAGGCGUCCUGUGAAGGUCUCAUGGUUAAGAUGUUGGACGGAACUGAGAGUGGGUACGAGCCCAGCAAACGAAGUCGUAACUGGCUCAAGAUCAAGAAGGAUUACCUCUCGGGUGUUGGUGACUCUCUGGAUCUUGUUGUUCUGGGUGCGUACUAUGGCAAAGGCAAGCGUACAUCCGUUUAUGGUGCGUUUCUCUUGGCCUGCUACAAUCCCAAUUCGGAAACCUAUGAAACUGUUUGCAAUAUCGGCACCGGUUUCUCUGAGCAGGUUCUUGAGGAACUUCACAAGCAGCUCUCAGACAUCACCAUCGACCGGCCCAAGCCCUUUUAUUCCCACUCGUCUGGCGGCCAGCACCAGCCUGAUGUCUGGUUUGAGCCUCGCUAUGUUUGGGAGGUCAAGACAGCGGACUUGACUCUCAGCCCGCGUUACAAGGCCGGUGCCAAGGAAGGCGUUGACCCAUCAGGCAAUAAGGGCAUCAGUCUCCGGUUCCCUCGCUUCAUCCGCGUGCGUGAUGAUAAGAAGGCCGAUGCGGCUACAACAAGUCGGCAGGUUGCCGAAAUGUACCGCAAGCAGGAGAGCGUGACAAAGAACAAGGGCCCCUCUGUGGAUGACGACUUUGAGUACUAG